AUGUCCGACGAACCGUCUCAGGGGGAGUCCUCUGAGGUGCAAUUCGUGGAGCAGUCUGGCGACGAAGAGAACCUCUGGGAGGUUCUCGAAAUCACCGCCGAGCGCAGCAAUUCUUAUCGCGUCAAAUGGGCCGGAACUGAUCCCAGCACUGGCAAACCAUGGCAGCAGAGCUGGGUGCCGAAGCACGAUUGCACGCCAGAGCUCGUGAGUUCAUGGAGACAGAAGAAACGGUCAAAGCGGCAAGGAAAGUCCUCUGCUGGGUCUACGACGCGCCGGUCGGGGUCAGCAACGCGAAAGUCAUCUUCCGCGCCUUCCGAUGCGUCCACGGUUGUGUCCUCGAAAAAGCGCAAAGUCGUCGACGAGGACGACAUAACACACGCACCCCUUGACAGUAACCACCAAUCUGCGAAGCCUGUUAAGAAGCGACGGCGCAUCCUACCUGAGGCUGUCCCCACGGAGGAAGAAGAGGAAGAGGAUAACGACGUUAUCACCGUCCCUGUGCGAAACCCCGUCAAAUCGAAUCAACCCCUUCGGGAGGUACACAAGACUCCCCCGGCCAAACCCCAGCAGAAUGACCGCCGUUCUCCCCCCCUUCGUAGUGCAACCGUUCAAGAGGCACAAUCUCCCUUGCAUGACCCGUCCCCAGCGCGCGACCCAUCUCUACCACCACAACUACCAUCUCCAAACAAACGCGCACCUCCCACACCGCCUGCAGUCACGCAGCCCGCAUCUCCAGUACGCCCACCGGUCAAUGACUUCCGCCCUCAUACGCCAAGGCUCAGCCCCAACGCGGAAGCGCGACUAGCGCGUUGGGAGAAAGAUGUUAACUUCCAUGAACCCAAUACCAACGACACAGUCCACCUGCUCAAUGACGAUUCCUACAGAAACGGAGUCGUCCCCGAAACUCAGGAACCGCUUUUAAGUCCGCCCCCACCCGACGUUUCGCCAGUAAGGCUGCACACGAUCAUGGACAUCCCGUCCACACCUAGGGAAAAAUUGAUCUGGCGAAUGAGACCAAAAACACCGUCUCUCGUCUCUCUACUACAUGGCAGUCCAGCAAAGUCUUCGCCCUCCCACCCGUCCAGAAAACCUCUUCGCCCUGUACCCGUUGUCACCCCUUCUGCCUUCGCCCUUAAUAUGCCUUCGACGUUCGACACUAUACAAACUGCAGACAUAGAUGAGGUAGACAACGACCACGCCGACGAUUCUAUUGACCAAUUUAGUUCACCGUUGAAAGGCGCACAAGGUCGCCGAUCUUCUAAGCAGCGGAGCGCGCCAACUUCAAAUAACAAGCGAACGCCUUCUCCAAGGACACCUAAGCAAAUCUCUGGAGGCUCGCGCGCGAAUUCCCAGUUAGGAUCUGGAUCACGAAUGUUCCAGUUCAACGCGUCAGGCCUUCUUGGCACGAGUAAGAGUAACGACGCAGAGCAGAUACAGGGCUCUGAUCCUCGGAUACAACUUCGAGAAGAGGAGGAAGAAAACACGCAGGAUCUAGCAGCCCCACUGCAAGAUGACGACGUCCAGAUACCACAACCGCAAGCAUCCACGAUUAGCAGUCCACAUCCCCCGCCUAAUGACAGCCCCAAGGUACCACGACCCCCGAGUCCAAUAUCGCCAGGAUUGCAAAACGGGACCGUCAUCGACGAUUCGACCGUCUCCGAUCUGCCUCAAACGGAAUCGCAGGAAUCGCAGGAUCGUACUAACUCUUCACAACCUUCCCAUACUUACCCACCAACGCAAGGGGAACAUCUUGGCGCCGCCCUCACCCUCUUGAACACUAAAUCCGAAGAGAUAUCGAAGAUCGAGGCUGAGUUAUCAACGGAGAGGGCGAAGAACGCUGAGUCGAACAGGCAAAUUGACUUCCUGCGCGGCCGUCUUGUCGGCUUAGAAGCUAUGGCUACGGAAACAGCGCGGGAACGGAGUCGAGAGCGGCACGAUGCUGAGAGGAUGCUGCAAGAUGCCCAGCGGGCGACGCGAGUGGCUGAAGAUCUGGAAGCGGUUGCCAAAUUCAACUUGGAUAAGGUUCGCGCGGUGGAAGAGAGCAAGAGGGAGGAGCUGGUGGUCGAACGGGAUCGCUGGAAAUCUGAAUGCGAUGAAGUGCGGGAGGAGAGGGACCGUCUUGUUGUCGAGAAGGCGUCGCUUCUCGACGCAUUGGAAUUGUCACAGAAGGGGCAAACGGAGUGGGAGACGGAGAAGGCGGCAAUGGAAGCGGACAUCGCGAGGCUCAAGGCGGCAGUGGAGGCGGCGAACGAAUCGAAGCGGUCCACGGAGAAAGACUGCGAGUUUUUCAGGGACCAGUACGCACAGGCCUCUGGGUUCGUUACUACCGUACGGGAAGAAAACGCGGAGCUGGAGAAGCGGGUGAAGAUCGCAGAGAGUCAGACAAGUACCGGUGUAGACGCCGUUCGGAUGCUCUACGAGCGACAGGUAGAAGCGGCGCAGCAAGAUACGGCGCGAUGGAAACACCUGACAGACAUUCUCACAGAGCGGGAUAUGCGUACUGGGGGAGAGGAUAUCCGACGACGAGCAAAUCUGGAACCGGAACUUCGGAAACGGGUGGACGAACUUGAGGCGACAAUCUUGCGGUUGCAGGACGACGUAGAUACCUGCAAGGCAGAGGCCGCUGUCCUGAAGCGCGACAAGGAUCGUUGGGUGCACUACAACGAGGUAUGGAAGAAGACGGUCAGCGCGCAAGCUGAUGAAAUCGCGAAACGAAACAAGUUAGUCUCGUCGCAGUUGAGCAUCGGGGACAGCAUCGAACCUGCUCGACUGCACUCCGUCGAGGAUUCGGAUGAACUAGUUUAUCCGUGCUUGUGGAGAUUUGACACUUUGCAGCCCCCGUUCUCGUGUACAUCAUUGUUUGCCGAUAUCGAGGGCCUUCACCACCAUGUCAUCUCUGUCCACGCUGAGGAUCCAUCUGACCCAGAGUAA